AUGAUCAAAGUGGCUCUAAUAUGUACUACUGCCGGUUUAUUGGUUCUUACUAUUGCAUUCAUUGCACAUAUUACAGCAAUGGCAUAUCCUAGAUGGAAAAUAUAUGAACAUCGUAGCGAGAGCUCUAAAACGAUAUUCAUUGGUACAUAUCAACGUUGUGAAAGUUAUAACUAUCCGAUAACAGCGAACCUGAGUACAACCCAUCUCAUUUGUUAUGAUAAUAAAUAUUUUUUUAAAGACAACGAAGAAUGUACGAAAGAAGCAAGCGCAUUACUACUCAAUGAAAAACAAAAAAUUUGCAAUGUGAACGCAAAUAAAUGUCAUUGUGAUUAUUCGUCCAUCGGAAAAGGUCUUAUUUCAUGUACAAUAAUUUCUGCUAUUGCACUUGGUUUAUCUCUAUUAUUAAUUUUUUUACAUAUAUUGAUUAACGAAUUUAAAUACAAAAUUCAUAUCUAUAUUGGUAUUAUAACUUUAUGUUUAUUAUUUCUUGGAUUUAUUUUCAUUCUUAUAACCCUUAUUUUACUUGGUUCAACAAUGCUCCAUGACUUACAUCAAUAUGUUUAUAAUUUAGAUUUUUAUUCACAUGAAAAUGCAUCGAUACAGCAUAACCGAACGCAGAAUAUCUUGACGACAGCUGCUAAAGAUUAUGAAAUUCGUCUUGACUGGUCAGGUGUUUUGGAAAUAAUAGCAUUAAUAUUAUCAAGUUUUACGAUAGUUACACAAGCUAUCUAUCUGUUUUUCACGCAUCGAAAUCGAAUCGGAUAA